AUGACAAGUUUGAAUAGAUCACCAAGGAUCUCAGCUUCCUAAGACGUCAGAUCAUAAAGUUCUACCAACUAUGGUCACUCUAACAAUAAUUAUGCCAUUAAUAGAGAGAGCAUUGACAGGAAUUCUACUCAGGAUGGGGACGAACUGCCCAUUAAUGAAAUCAACCCGCAAAGGUUCACUGAAAGGUCAGAAAGAUUGCAGAAAAUAGUCAAAGUCAUAUUGGGUAUUACAGUAUUCGGUAUUCUAGUGAGUGUUACAUUAUUUCCAAGCUUGAUGCCAUAAGAAAAAGUUGAAUGCUUAGAGGAUAACUUUCUUAAAUGGACGUCGAGUGCUAAUGAAUUUUUCAAGGAGAAUAAUACUUUGAAGAGAGUCAUCCUGAUCAUAUUAGGAUUGAUGAUGGAUGGCCUACUUCUCACCUAGCUCUACAUAUUCUCUAUUUACGGCAAAACAUGGAGAUUCCCAAUAGCUGUCUCGUUUAUCUAUGGGCUCAGAUUCUUAACAGCAUCAUUAUUCCAAAUGGCUUAUCCAGUUGGAUACAUUUGGGAAUUUCCUGGCAUGUAUUCCCUUUCCAUUAGAUAUGGAAACCAAAAUGAUUUCUACUUCUGUGUGUACAUGGCUCUGAUAAUGAUUCAUUUCUGUGAAUUUCACGCUAAUCAGUACUACAAGCUAGCCUCGCUGUCAGUUUUCGUCAUGGCAACAUUAUUCCUUAUGCUCAUUUUCACCAGAGGACAUUACUUUAUAGACGUGUUUUGCGCUGUCAUAUUCGGCCAUUAUUUCUUUAAUAUGGCAGAGAGACUUUCAUAUCUCGUUGAUAGCAAGCUUUUAGGCAUUCCUUUCCACAAAAGAUUCCCUAACUUCCCUAAAAACUGCUGGUACUGCAAAUACCCAAUUAAUUAAUGGAUCAACAUCAAUGAAUAAUAAUCUUAAUCAUAAAACUCAACAAGAGAUUCAGGCAAAAAGAGCGUUAAUACAUCAAGCACUCAAGAAAAAGAAUUCUCUUACGCUUAACUCAAAAAUAAAAAUGCUCAUUUGGGAAGCAAUUAACCUUGA